CACCAAACAAUUUCUUGAAACAGAUUCAUCUUCUUCAAUCACUCACUGUUGUUCUGGAAGCAUCGAAAAGUGCGGUUGUGGUGUAGAACAGUAUAGGAAAGUACUGCAAUGGCGAAGGGAAAUUAUGGGUGCUAUAGUUCUUGGGUCGAAGUUGCUCCAGCACUUCUAAUUUCGCCACUCAGAACCUCAAAUUCUCCUGGGUUGGAGACGAUUAAGGAAGAAGAAUCUGAGGAAUUCGAUGAUGACUAGGGGAAAUUUUUAUCUGCUUCUCUGUUAAUUUGCCCUAUGUUUGAAGCCCUUUUUGUCUUAAACUUUUCUCCAGAUGAACUGCUUCUCUGUAACAUAAAUCAACUUCUUUGCAAUAUUACAUAUUUCUGUUCUUUCGAACAAAGUAUAAUUCGAUAAUGUCCUUGUAAUUUUGUGCCCACCUUUUUCUUGCUGGGACUGUUUAUGCUCAAUUUAGUGGUAUGAGAUUCAAAUCUCAUUCUUUAAGAGAAAAAAUAAAAGUAUAAUUUUUCC